CUCCAUUCGUGAUUUGAUAUCCAUUGUGCUCCAAUUUUAUGCCUUCUAGGUGCUUUCAAAUUCAACCUUUGAUUCUGAAUCUCAAGGUACACAAUUUUUGUAAUAUGGAAGGUAUAGUAGUUAGAAGAGUUAUUCCCUCGGACAAUAGUUGCCUCUUCAAUGCAGUUGGGUACGUUAUGGAUCAUGACAAGCAAAAAGCUCCUGAACUGAGACAGGUAAUAGCUGCAACAGUAGCAAGUGAUCCAACUAAAUAUUCUGAAGCAUUUCUUGGCAAACCAAAUGAAGAGUAUUGUGCUUGGAUUCUCAACCCAGAGAAGUGGGGAGGUGCUAUAGAGCUUUCAAUAUUAGCUGACUAUUACGGACGUGAAAUUGCAGCAUAUGAUAUCCAGACUACAAGAUGCGAUUUGUAUGGUCAGGAAAAAAGCUAUUCUGAAAGGGUUAUGCUGAUCUAUGAUGGGCUUCACUAUGAUGCUUUAGCUAUGUCUCCGUUUGAGGAAGCCCCAGAGGAGUUUGAUCAGACUAUAUUUGCUGUUAAGAACAAGACCAUUGGGCCAGUGGAGGGGCUCACUGUUAAACUUGUGAAAGACCAACAAAGUAAAAGGAGCUACACAGACACUGCCAACUUCACUUUGCGUUGUGGGGUGUGCCAAGUUGGACUCAUCGGCCAGAAGGAGGCUGUAGAUCAUGCAAAGGCAACUGGCCAUGUCAACUUCCAAGAAUACAGAUAACAGAAACCAAAAUGUCCCAAUUCGUUUGAGAUUUCUCAUAUCCUUUCAAUUCAAUUAUCGAUUUAUGUCGGGUCAAAAUGACAAAUAAAUUGUAAUAUACUCUGAAUAAUUUAUUCUGGGUGUGGGAAAUGGGAAAUGGGAAAUGAAGAAUGAAUGUUGUACCACCAUUAUACCAAAACAUCAAAACAAAGGAAAAUGAGUGUAUUGUAUCUGGUUUACACACCAAUUUGUGGGAUAAUAUAUCUGAUGUACUGAAUAUUAUUUCUCUAGAGCUGCUUACAGUUA